CGGAGGUUAGCUGAAUGAAAGCUCAUAACCUUACCACGUGACUGGCAUCCGUGAUUGGGAGGUUCCCACGGCCACCCGAGAAAAUCUUCGUUUCAUUUUCUUCCUUCCAACCUUCUUGUUGAGCAAUUGGGUCUCUCGUCCCUCCCACAGUCAGUUUAUCAUUUUCCAAGAAGCUACGUUGCCUUUGCUUCUCCCUCUAUCUAUUAUUCUAAUUGCUUGAUAUAACACAGUAACCAUGGCCAAGAUUGGUUGGAAAUCCGCCAAGCCCACGGGUAGAAAGCCCGCCGUUUCGGCCCUUCGCACCAAUCGAUUGCCCCGCACCAGCGCCUCUUCGAAAUUGGGCAAGGGCCGUCGCAAGGAAAAGGAUGGAAAGUCGAGUCAACGAUCGGCGGAAACGAUUCAACGUUUGAAAAUGUACGUGAACGGCAAGCCCAUUCGCAACAAGGGCGGCAGAGUGGUGGGUGGAAGUCACAUGAUGAGCGAUCGUGCGGGAGAUCGGAAAAUCGAUGCUUCCACGGGACGCAUUCAACCCGAUCGGCGAUGGUUUGGCAAUACCCGUGUGGUGACAUCCACCCAACUCGAUCAAUUUCGACAAGAAAUGACGGAGCAAGCGGCCGAUCCCUAUUCGGUGGUGCUCAAACGCAAAAAGUUGCCAUUGGGGCUCUUGACGGAAGCGACUGAAUACGUCAAGACCAACCAAUCGGCUCUCUUGGAACAGGAACCAUUUCAGAAAGUAUUUGGCGCCAAGAGUCAACGAAAGCGAGUCAAACUAGAUCAGCUCAUGAUGGGACGAUCGGCGGAUCAAAAAGACGAUACCAUUGGAACGGCCGAAGGAGAAACCAAAAUCAUGCAAGGAGCCACUGCUACCGUUGCCACUAACAACGACAACGACACUAUUAAUAAUGACGAUGACGACGACGACACAGAAAAAGACGACGACACCAAGGCAUAUGCCAAACUCGUGCAAGCCGCCACACAGAGUCAUGCCACGUACCACGAAAUCAACGCCCGCGAAGGCAUUGUUCCGUGGGGACGCGAUUCCAAUUUGACUGCCCAUGACGGCGAAGGCGUCGAUUGGCGACACGAGAAAAAGGACGAUCUAUUCCUCAAGGGACAAUCCAAACGCAUUUGGGGAGAAUUCUUCAAGGUCGUAGAUUGCAGUGAUGUCGUUUUGCACGUCAUGGAUGCCCGCAAUGUGCCAGGGACCCGCUGUACCAUGAUUGAACGACACAUUAACAAACAUGCCAAACACAAGCAUUUGGUCUUUGUACUCAACAAGGUCGAUCUCGUACCCAAUUGGGUCGCCAAGCGAUGGAUGGGAGAAUUGGCCAAGGAUAGACCCACCGUUGCCUUUCAUUCCUCGCUCACUAAUGCCUUUGGAAAGGGAGCCUUGAUUAGUUUGUUGCGACAAUUUGGAACACUGCACCAAGACAAGAAACAAAUCAGUGUGGGAGUCAUUGGAUAUCCCAAUGUGGGAAAAAGUUCGGUCAUUAAUACUCUCAUUUCCAAAAAGAGUUGCAACGUGGCUCCUAUUCCCGGUGAAACCAAAAUCUGGCAGUACAUUACACUCUUCAAACGAAUCUCACUCAUUGAUUGCCCCGGGGUGGUAGUAGAUACGGCCGGAGAUACCGAAACCGAUUCCGUUUUGAAGGGAGUCGUUCGAGCGGAACGAUUGGAAUAUCCCGAGGACUUUAUCCAGGCCAUUUGCGAUAAAGUCAAGCGAGAACACAUUGCCGCGCAGUACGGACUCUCCCACAAAGGUGGUGACACGUGGGAGACUGCCAACGAGUUGAUGGAAAUGAUUGCCCGCAAAUCGGGACGCUUGCUCAAGGGAGGAGAUCCCUGCAUGAGGAGUGCCGCCAUUACACUCAUCAACGACUUUCAACGGGGAAGGUUGCCCCACUAUGUAGCACCGCCCGAACUCAAGGAGGAGGUUAUUGCACAACAACAACAAGCACAGCCGGCUGCUGCGGAGGGCGUCCAACAGGAUUUAGAAGUCAUUGGAGAGGAACACAUGGAGAAGGAAACACCCAUGGAGGAAGAUGAUAAAUUGAAUGACAAAAAGGUGGAAGCAGCCAAGACGGAGGAGGAAUCAGACGACUCCGAAGACGAAGAGGAGACGCCCACCACCGCUUUGAUUGGAGCCGGAGAGUGGGAAGAUUGAGGAGGCAGACAGCCAACAACUAGCUACAUGUACCGUACCAUCAACACUAGUCUAUAGCAGAAUUUUUUUGAC